AUGGGAUCUUCAGAUGUUGAGGGAGACAAGUACCGUUCUUAUUUGAGUGGAGAAGGAGAAAAGAACACAACGUGGAGGUUUGGUGCCCCUCCUAGCUAUGAUGUUGUUAACAAGCUCUUUGAAGAAGGCAGAACCAAGAUUUGGCCACCCGGGUCACUAGGAGAAGAGGUGCAGAACCUUGUGAAGACAUGGGAGAUGGCGGUUUUCCAUAAGGCCAACCUGGAUGAUUUCAAGACACUUGAUCCCAACAAUCACACUUUCAGCCUAAAUGGAAGGAAAGGCAUAACUCUGGAAGAAAUGGGCAAACUUGGAGGGGGCUACAACCCCUUGCUUCAGACCUCACUGCCUGAGAAUCUGAGGGGAUAUAAUCCAGAGAAGGAGACAUCAGAGUCAUCCCAUAAGGCUUUCACAACAACAUUCCCUCGUGGGUUUGCCUUGGAGAUCCUUCAAGUCUAUUCUGGGCCGCCAGAGAUUGUGUACAAAUUCAGGCACUGGGGCUAUAUGGAGGGCCCUUUCAAGGGCCAUGCCCCAACUGGAGAAUUGGUUGAAGUCUAUGGAAUGUCCAUUUUUACGGUGGAUGAGCACAACAAAAUUGUGAAGAUCGAGUUCUUUUAUGACCCUGGACAACUACUUGGAGGUCUUUUGAAGGGUGAAAAAUUGGGUAUUUCUUCCGAAGGGACAACCUCAAGCUGCCCUGUCCUGAGGACAGGGUAAAUCUCCAAGUGUUCUAUAAAACUUAAUUGCAUUGGUAGCUAGCUAGCACCAAUAAUUUAUGCCCAUAUAGGCAUACACAGGCUAGCUAGCUACUUGUAUGUUUACGUUUCUGUCUAUCAAUGCUGAGAGUGUAAU